AUGUCGACUCCACAGCGGGAAACUCUUCCAAAUGGUCUUCCAAACCCACAACGCCUCAUCACAACCACCGAUGGCAAUGGCAAAGCCAUACUCGAACCCGGCAUUUCCCCAAACCCAGUAUGGCAACCCAUCCAAAACAACGACAUGUCCUUCUUCCUAGGCUACAGUACACACCAAUUCCCCGCUUCUCUCGCGCACGCCCCCUCUUCACACAACUCUACAUCCACCACCCCCAUCGAUAUAGCCUCCUACACGCACGACCUGUCCUCACCACCCGGCCUCUCCAUCUCCUCGGGAACCGUCCUUCGCUUUGUGGAUUUCGCGCCCGGCAUCGCGUGUCCCAUGCAUAAAACGGUUAGUUUGGAUUAUGGGGUUGUGUUGGAGGGAAGUAUAGAAUUAGAGUUGGAUGGGGGGGAGAAGAGAUUGAUGAAGAGGGGUGAUGUUUGUGUGCAGAGGGCCACGAAUCAUGCUUGGAGGAAUGUUACGGAGGGGGGUGGGUGGGCCAGGAUGAUGUUUGUGUUGACGGCGGUGGAGGGUGGGGUGGGGAUCGAGGAAAAAGGGGUGGAGGGAAUGGAUGGGGUGAAGAGGAGUGAGUGA